GCUCAAAAAACAUAUCGGUCAGGUCUGCUGCUUGCCUCCUGCCCUAGUCUUUUGCGCCGGCCUCCGCCGCUUGGUUCCCUUCUCCCCUGCGGUAAAUCCUCAUUUUGUGAGUUUUUCUUUUGCGUUUUGAUGGAACCCAUCUUACAUGCCCACGCACCUUGGUCGCAACCUCCUUCAUAAAAGUUUUUGAUGAUUGUUGAUUGUCGUCUUUGCAGCAAACUUGAUACUAGAUUGCCGAAUCAAUGGUGCAGCACGCAAGAUGAUCAUUUGGGUUGCCUGGAAUGAAAAUUCUAGUACUGAUCACAAAACAGAACAGAAUUCGAGGUUCCCCGUUAUAGCCUCUUCUUUUGCUGUGAAGGGCUUUCCAGUCUUCAAUAUCAUUCUAAUAAUCAUCCUUGUAGAUACCGUCUUCGUAUCGCUUGCGCUACCGAGCACUUUGAUGCUCAGUGAAUGAUGUCGUUCGACGCGUUUGAAUAGGUAGUGUUAGGUUUUAUUAGUUGUCAUUUUUCUCUGUCGAUAGACUUUCAUCACAGGGUCUAUUUUCAUCAUGAUCAUACGAAGUUAUCUUUCGUAUUAUGAACUGCUUGUUGGGGAUAAUUAGUUCUCAUAAGUUAAAGUUGUUUUUGGUAGAUUUGUUGCGCGCCUACGAGCAGAGUUUUAGAGUUUGUCGAAAUUCAUGAUCAUUCUUGUUCCUCUUUAUUUGACGUGUUUUUUAUAAGGCCAACUUCUAUCCUUGAAUAAACCUUAUCGUUUAUAAGUACUUAAGUAAACUGAUUCAUUGAAUUAUCGCUUUCUGUUUUGUUCUUCUGCGGAUUCGACUCUUGUCCUGCACAACAAUGCUUGUCGUGUUGGAGGAUGAAAGAGGACACGAACAAGAACAUCAUUGUCAAGCAAACGGAACUUUAUAGGAGCUUGUGAGAACAAAGCUGACAGAAGCCAUGCGACCGCGUGCUGGGGCAUCUUCCCUUCCGAAGCGCUGCAGCACUCCUGCGCUGCUACUUUUUCUGGUUCUGCUGUCACGACUGGAGGGCGCUCGCGCUGUUAAGCUCGAAGAUGGGCAGCGACACAAGCGUUGCACAACAAACUGCGGUGCCAAGGGGUUCGAGCAAAGCGCCAUCAGACAUCUAGGACCAGACGAAUGUGCUGAGUGUCGAUCUCCCACUUCAAGAAGUCCGUGUCACGCUCCGUUUGCGGAAGUCAUUUUUCCGCAGGGUGAAGAACAUGACACUCCUGAGAGGGGUACUACCUAGCAUUUACAUACUUUCUGUAUGUAGCAAUCAUAGUACAUCUCUCAAUACUUUCUGUAUUUAGCAAUCAUAGUACAUACUUCCUGUAUAUAACUUAGCAAUCAUAGUACAUCUAGUCGUGUUUACAUCAACUACAUCGGAGUUGAAUAUCUCUUCUUAAGUCGGUUCUAAAAAGAUCUUACUCACUCACAUUUUUAGAUGCUUAAAUAGCAGGUUCUCUCGCCGAAGCCGCCACCUCCGCGGUCGACGCGAAGCAGUGUUGUCGUGUGCACCGGUGCUCAUCUGAAGAACAACAAAUAGAAGAAGCAGCACCAGAGCAUAGAACAGAAAUCUCCACAGCAUUAGGAGAAAACGAUAACACAGAAGCUAAUCAUGCUGCAGAGGAUGUUGAGAGGGUGGGAGAAAGGGACGCGCCAGCACGAAGGAGCGAAGGACGAGCCGGCGAGGAAGAGAGGGUCGACAGUUUCUUCCAUUUUCUGUACAAGAUUUUCUACCUGCCCUACAUUGAUCCGGUGGCGCAAUUUUUCUACUUCAUAUUCUCAAGUACUUAAGGCUACUCCACCUACUACAUCACGCUAGAGUCCUCGCGCAUCCUCAACAUCAUCCACCUUGGCUCUUUUUCGGGACCCGAAAAAGACGCCGGGGAUGCCUCCGAGGAUCCGCCGAUGGUGCAAUACAGAUCUAAAGUAUUUUACGGCUCCUGUUGGGUAUUCUCAACAUUCCAGUCGAAACAGCGGAACUUAUCGUCCUACUCGUAUUCGCAAUUGUCGGAGCCUUCGCCGGCUUGUUCCAGGACUACGUACUCCUGAACACCUACUUCUACGUUCUCUUAAGGCCUGGCGGGAUUCACGAUUUUCAUUCUAGAAGGAGCUCUCUUUCUUCUAAUUGUAUUAAGUUGUUUCAUACUUCUUGUUAGUCCUUUUUUAGUAAGUACUAUAUAUAAAGAGUACAACUAAUUCAGGAGUGUAAGAAGUCUUCUACUUCGUCUAAUCCUAGUUGUUUCUUACCUCUUGGUCACUCGCUUCCUUGGACGCUUACUUGGUCGAUGAAAGUAGACUGACACGACUUCACGACCACGCGAAUAGGUUAAUAUAUAAAGAGUACUAAUUCAGGAGUGUAAGUCUUCUACUUCUUCUAAUCCUAGUUGUUUCUUACCUGUUGGUCACUCGCUUCCUUGGACGCUUACUUGGUCUUGAAGUCCUCUCUGUCGACCGUUUGAGGCGAAGAUUUGAAGCCUGGCCGCCACCGAAUUUGGAAUUAGAGGAUUUAGCCGCUGAGGACUUCGCGUCUUUGAUUCUGCCACCCUCCGCCAUCCGCUGGGACUACGAAGAAAAACUGGCGAGCUUUAUCCAGCACGAAAUGGCACGUAGGGCGCAACAGAGAGAGGAGAAGCAACUCGAAGCAGCUGCUAGAGAGGAGAAGCAAACCGAAGCGGGAGUUGCAGAGAUGCCUACCACGACGCCUACAUCUUCACCGCAAAAAACAAACGUCAAAGUAAGUUCAGAGUCCAGCAUAGAGGGCGUGUCGCCAGAGAAGGGCCCGGAUGAAGGAGGGGGUGAUGAAAUAAAUAAAACCGAACAGAAACCUCCAGGUCCAGCCGGGGAUGGUCCUGUUCAGGUAGUUGAUGGUUCUCAAGUCGACGGUACGGAAGUGACCUCCACAGAAAGAACAGCGUCGGGCGUACUAACGACUGCCGGAGAAAAGGAUCAGAAUUCGAGUCGAAAGCGGCGUAUGCAAGCGUUAUCGGUAAAUUUGGAAGGGGCUCGUGUGAAUCUGAAUCGAACUGCCAAUCUUGCCGCAACGCGGAUACGCAAAGAGUAUGAAAAAAGUGUACUGCCGAGACAGCUGCAUCCCGCAGUGCUGAUCCCCUACUCCUACGUUGGGUCCUCUGGUAGAGGUAGCGAAGAAGGUCGCGGUGCUGGAGGAGGUUGUGGCGACCACGAUGGCACGAAUGCAGGAGCAGGCGGAGAAGAAGUUCUUGCAGAAGUAGAAGGCUUAUUUUCUUCUUCUAGAACAACUAGGGUUAUAUCUACUUCUUCAGAGAGUCGACGCCGCACCAUCUCGAACACUUCUUCAGUAGUGUCUUCGGCGAGUCCUGCGGCAACGAGGCGAAGACGCAAACCUGCACAAGUCGUUAUGAACCCAGAGGUUGUAGAAACUACGAGCCUAGACGUUGAGGUGGAGGAACACAUGCAGUCCCCGCUCCAAGCUCCUGCUAUUCCGCCCGAUAGUUCUUAAGGCUUCCGGGAAUCCAUCUUCCGAAGCAUCUACUUGGGGCACCCCCCCUCAUCCAAGGGAAAAGCAGACCCAAGAUGACUCUCAAGAUGGAUUCCGGUAUAAGAUCUAAGAUGGUGAUAAUCUCCCUCCGUUGUCAGGGCUGCAGUCUGCUCACUCUGGUGCCGAUGACCACUCUGACGACGAGAAUGAUAGUGAAUCGCGCGACGACGAUGACGUCUUAGAACAAAGUACUGUGAGCCGCGUCGAGGAUUUCUCUCCGUCUGUCUCACCUAUGAAGUACAAUAUGCCGAAGUCUCUCUCUGCCAUGGACCUGCGCUACAAAGACUAUGCCCACCGCUUCGAGACGGUAGCGCGUCUUUCUUCCGAUGGCGAGAGGGAAAGCGUGCUGGAGGAUACAACACGAAGGGCACCCACAACGUCGCCGAAAAGCGCCCUUCGUGUGUCGUCGAGUGGAGACCUGUUGAUAUCAGAAGAUGAAAGAGAAAGAGCUACUAGGUGGACCUCUUCCUCUUCUAGACACUUUCAUCAAAACUCUGGCGGAGGACUAAAACACCAGCUAGAGGGUGCACCGACUUCGAGUCGAAGCAAAACAGGAGGCUUGAGUAGUACUAAAAGAACAGUAUCACCACGCACAGGCUCGCCAUUCUCUACUCUUGGCACCACUCCAGUUUUAGCCUUCGUGAAUCCGAGGAGUGGUGGCCAAGACGGAUAUGAGACUCUGAGGAAGCUCAAGUCUAUACUGCAUCCCAUCCAAGUCGUGAACCUGAAGGAGAAAAAUGCCCUCUAUGAGCCUGUGCACUUACUAGAAUGGUUUUGUACGACGUUUGUUAAGGCUACCAAGAUGAAUACAUCCUCAAAUAAUGCAUCCCUGAUGGCUCUUGCUUUCUCUGCUUGUUGAAAAAGAAGAUGACUACAGGCAUGCUUACUUACAUAAUGAGGAUGUUGUUGUAACUUCCGUACCUCUGUCUAAGUUUGGCAGCAGAUUGCGCGUGCUUGUUGCCGGAGGUGACGGAACAGUGGACUGGGUCCUUUCGAUGAUUGACUCUAUAGUGGAUCGCGACGAUCCCUCUGUUAGCCCAACGGUCGUGAACGCAAAAGGAGAGAUUUUGUUAUGAAUCAACAACAACAUGAACAUAGAUUAAGAUGGGGAGUUUGCAACACAUUAGCAUUCUUGAGAAAAAGACGAUUUAACAUCUUAGACCGCUUUUACUUGCCUUCAUGAUAUGUAAGACUACUAAAUUUUGAAAGUAGUGACUGUACUGCUUUAUUAACUUUUUUGUACAUAAGCUGUUGUCUUGUUCGUAGUUAUUAAUCAUUGUAGUUUAUUUGAUACUUACUGUACGCGCUAAUAUCUGAACCUGAAGCUGCAGGUGACAGGCCGCUCUCGCCUGCUGUUGCUGCAGGAUCAACGUCGAAGUCUGAGGGUCUAAAAACGAGAGAAACGAUAGUGCCUCCGCCAGUGGGUAUUCUUCCUCUUGGAACGGGCAACGACUUGGCUCGCGUCUUCGGUUGGUCACGGACGAGCAAUAUUCGCGGUUUUCUGUCCGAAUUUGCGACUGCGCGAGCAGUGUUCUUAGAUCGUUGGGUAGUCAGUAGCUACGUCAAGCGGCCUAUCGAACAGACUCAGGCUGAUCCUGCGGAGCAUUCUCGUGGCGAUGCACUCAUACUUGAUGAAGACGGGACCACGUCGAUUAAGGGGUUGUCAAGGAAAACGAGCAAGUCGAAGUCGACAAAGUCGGCAGCAGAUCGCGACUUGGUAGGUGUUGGCGUAGAUCGUGCAAAGUCGGCAGCAGAUCGCGACUUGGUAGGUGUUUCCGUAGAUCCUGAUGACGCCCUAGCCGACUUACAAGUUGUGGAUGAAACGACUGCCUGGGUUGCGAAGCUUGGUGGCCUCGUGUUUUCAAUACUGGUGAAGGCACAAACUCUCGCUCAGACGAUUCAGGAAACUUUUUUUCGGAAGAGGGAAAACAAUGUUUCGGUCGAGGAAGAGAGUAACGAACAGCACCAGGGACAGGGCACUUCUAAGAGCGAUACUUCGUUUCAGUACCAGCUUGUGAGGCGGAAGACGGCGUCCAAUUACGUCGGCAUUGGCGUAGAUGGCACAGUGAUUACCAAUUUCCACGACUUCCGCGAGGAACUACCUGGUCUCUUCAUACUGCAGAAGGUAAACAAAUUUUACUACGCACUCAUGGGCUUGAUGGAGACGAUCCUCAGAAGCUGCUCAGACCUCCCGAACCGCGUGAAAAUCCGCUGCGACGGCAGAGAAUACGCAUUGCAGGAUGGUAUUGAAGGCAUCAUCAUGUCGAACAUCACAUCUUACGCGGGUGGCGCACGACUCUGGCAGGGACCUGCAUACACGGCGCCGCUGCUCCUGAGUCAGGAGGAUGCGGCUAACGGAAACGGUUCUGCUGGUGGAGGCGAAGAGGACUCGUCUGUAGGUGUUGAUGACGCACUAGAACAACGCAAUUCAUCUCAACAUGGAGAGGCAGUAUUCCCGUUUCCUGUUGACGGUCCUUAUCAUGGCAAUACUUCAUCUACUGGUAUGUCUUCUAGAACUACUGCAGCACGAGGAGCGGCCGCACCACGGAGACGGGCAAGUCAUGGUGAUGUUAACGCAGGAGCUGCUGUAAGCGCAGCGCCUUCCUUGGUGGUAUCAUCCAGCUCAAGGAACAAUGAAAACCAAAACAUUUUUUCCGAAGGUACUAGUUCCUUACGACGCCGUCGUAGUCGGGAACCGCACCACCGGGAUCAAACAUCAAGCACUAUCGCUUCUUCAGCAGCAGUGGCUGGGACCACUCAAAACGGGAUCGUCAGUGCUGCACAAGAGCAGGUCAAGAGUACUGAAGACUACCCUACCUCGUCAUUAGAUGCGGAAACCAGUUCACACGACAAUCUGUUGGACGUGGUGAUGUUGCGAGGCGCUGACCACUUGGCUCUGAUCAUGAUCGGCAUGGAUAGAGCGAUUCGCUUGUGCCAGGCACGCGAAAUAGAGAUCGAGAUUAACAGUACGAAACCAAUACCGAUCCAACUAGAUGGCGAGCCGUGGUCUCAGCCGGGGAUCUCCAAAGUCAAGGUCGAACUGAAGCAUCCUAGGAGUCAAGGUACUUGCUUACUUAUACUUUUUUCACAUUAAGGUCGAACUGAAGCAUCCUAGGAGUCAAGGUAUAAUUUCGGUUGAUUUCUUGCGAAGUCAUUCACAUACUGUUCAAGAAAGACUAAGACUUGUAGUUUUUAGAGGGAUUCAGUCUAGUAUUUGUACCUUGUCCUUGGUCUAUUCCUAAUCGAUCCAACAAACAAUUAUCCUCCUAUUCUUCGCUUCAUCUUCAGCCGUGAUGUUGAAGCGUAUCGAGCACGGACUCGGAGAGAGGGCGUUUGUGAAGACCUUGAGCAACGGGACCGAGCGCGGCAUAAUUCUGCCAUGGCAGAGGGACGCGCUGCUGAAAGAAAUGGCUGCUAUCAUGCACCAUGAGGAGCGACAGCCUGCAAACAACAACUACUACCAGAGGACUACUGCUUACAAAGCGUACAGGCAAUUGAUGCAGUACUAUGGAAGUAGCUGAGGAACGUGAGUCCUCCUCACGACAGUAUGAAGCGUGCUGAUUGGAGGACCACUACAAGUGGCUGAUGAACGUGAGUCCCCUUCGCGACAUGUUAAUACGUCGUUCCCUCAUAUCGUCUCAGGACGUAGAGGCGCGGCAGUCGCAGCUGCGGGGAGGUUGGCGCCCUGUGGAGGCAUACCGAUUGAUUGACUGAAGGACCACCACAGCACGACGCGUGUUGUUAUGCUCAUCCAUGACAGAGACACACAGAUGACAUGUAGGUCACGACAUGACGAGGAUGUGCUGACGUCCUUUCCCAGAAACUAACGAAACUUUGGGGUCUACUCUAGUAUGUCUAUUCCCCAUGACCUUGACCCCAGUGCCUUAAGACUCUCAGUUCUCGCCUGAUCUUUGUUAUCUUCCCAUCUUUCCUAUAUUCUAGGAUGAUUCAUCCCAUCCCUCACCUUCGUCUUCAUCCUCAUGACAAAGUGUGGCUGUUACCUUGUGAUUUUCUAUAGCUGUACAUGCGCACGUGGAG